AUGGCCAAGUCCAAGAACCACACCGCGCACAACCAGUCCUGGAAAUGGCACAGAAAUGACAUCAAGCAACUUCGAUUGCAAAGAUAUGAAUCUCUGAAGGGGGUGUACCUCAAGUUCCUAAGAAAUGUGCGAUUUGCCAAGAAACACAACAAGAAGGGUCUGAAGAAGACGCAGGCCAGUAACGCCAAGGCCAUGAGCGCACUGGUCGAGGUCGUCAAGGCCCUGGCAAAACCCAAGCAGGCCAAUACCAACAUCCCAAAGGGCAGCAGAUGCAAGCUCAAGCGACUGGCCUUCGUCGCCCACCCCAAGCUUGGGAAACGUGUCCGCGCCUACAUGGCCAUGGGUCUCAGGCGAAAAGACAAGCAUCAGGCCCAGCCUCAGGCCAAGGCCCAGGCCCAGGCUCAGCCUCCAGCUGCAGUUCCAGCCACUCCAGCUGCUCCAGCUCCAGCUGCCAAAGGUGCCCAGGCCCCCAAGGCUGCACAGUAGAGGCCCCUUCCUGCCAGUGUGAGGACAGUGGGGCUGCUGUCCUACUGUGCUGUUUGUAAAAUAAACUUGAGACACAAAAAAGAAAA